AGGUCAAAAAAGGCAUCAGAUCCCCUGGAACUGGAGUUAUGGAUGGCUGUGAAGCCAUCAUGCGGACGCUAGGAUUGGACCUCCAUCCUCUUCAAGACAACAAAUGCUCCUAACCUCCGAGCCACCUCUCCAGCCCCUACCUAUCUAUAUCUGUACCUAUACCUACAUCUAUAUCUCUAUAGAGAUAGAGAGAUGGAGAUUGAGACCAUCUUCCUAUGUAGCCCUGGCUAGCCCGGUGCUUGUUAUGUGGUUAGUCUAGGUUGGCCUUGAUCCUGCGGCUUAAGGCUUGGGCACGGUCACUCUUGGCAGAGCGAGUCCUUGAGGCCUCAUGACCCCGCGUGACUGACCCUGGCUUUGAGCAUGGGUGGGGUGAGCCUGGCACAGAUGCCUGAGGUGAGGUCCUCAUGCCUUAACGUCCAUGGCUCUGGGAUGAUAGGCAUGUACCCUCCUCCAUCGUACCUGCAGAUGGAUAACCCCCUGGAACUUUCAGAAACUAUUUUGUUGCUAAGAUUUAUUCUUAUCAUUGAGUGCUGCUGACUACUAGCUCCCGUUGACGUUUGAAUCAUAUUCCUAUCACUAUCUACUACACCACCAUCUGUCAGUUCACUCUCCCGCUGGCCAGUGUCUGGGCUGCUUUUGCUUUUUUUGCAACUGUGAACAGCUGUUCUCGUACAUAUCUGCUGGUGUGUCUGCAGAAGAGUUUCUCUUGGAUAGGUACGUGCAAUUCUCGGGUCAGAAAAGGCGUGUUUGUUGGCUGUUGCACGUGGUGCUGUACUAUGUAUCAAAAAGGGUCUGUCUUAACUUACACUCUAGCCAGUACUUGUAACUUUCUGUCAUUUUGUGUCCUCUCCCACACCUGCCCCAACAUCUGCUACUAAGGUCUCUGCCCUUAUCCUUGAUGUGUUUACCUUUGCUCCCCUUUCUGGAAGCAGCACAAACCCUCUCUUUCCCGGGGUUGACAGAGGUGACCGGAAUCUAGGGGCAUCACUGGGUGAGAAGCAACAUACGUUACAGGUCAUGAAGUCAGGAGACUUGAGGUGCUCCUGGAACACUGAAGAGUCAGAGGGUGCUGUUUCUCCUGAGUCAGUCCCUCUGAGUGCCUGUGACCUCAGCAUCUCCUUCCACCCACAGACGCUGUCACAUUUCCCCCAUCCAACCUCAAACUGGAUAUUGCAGGACAGAAACACAACUGACCUCUUUCCUCCUCGGACCCCCAACCCCACUUUCAGCUUAAGCCUCCUCUUGCUCUCUCUCUCUGGUUUAAAAGGGCAGGCCCAGGGUUUGGAAAGGGAGGUGCUGGCACCGGUUGGGGGUAGGGAACCCGGGGCUGGAGAAAGCCAGACACAGCAGAACUAUUCUGUUCCAGAGCUGCAGGGUCUACAGAUUCCAGUCCAAACCAGCCAAUAGGAGAAGGCCCUCUAAUCCUAGGGAACGAAAGAAUUCUCUUCAGUUAUUCAAUUUCCCUGCUGUACCCCACUCCUUACCCCCACCCCCACCUUAACCCUGAUAGAGUCAGAGGAGCCUGAGACGCCCCCCCCCCCAGGAGCGAGCCUAGCCCACAUCCCGCGAAGUGAUCUCAACCCGAGUUCCAAGAAAUUUGAGGAAUGUUCUAAGCCAGAUGUCAAUCAGGACUAUGAACCCCAACUUUGACAUAGACAGACUGACUGUUCCAGUUCUCCAUCCAUGGACCCCAUACUCCUGGCCCCCUGGCUCAUCCCCCAGAUGAGGAGGGAAAGGAAAACCCAGCCUCUCCAUCAUAUGUUUGGGAAUGGAUUCAGACAUCCACAGCCGUGAAAGGGUUAAGAGGCAGAACCAGUUACCUCAACCCGCCCCUCCCAGGGAUUAAGAGUCCUCUAUAAAGGGGACUGUCCACCCAGGCGAGUCCAGGGGGUUAUCAGGGACCCAGGCACUGUGCCCACCCCCCACUGCCAUGUGGGAACUUCGGUCUGCCUCCUUUUGGAGGGCCAUAUUUGCUGAGUUCUUUGCCACGCUCUUCUAUGUUUUCUUUGGGCUGGGAGCCUCACUGCGUUGGGCCCCGGGACCCCUUCACGUCCUGCAGGUGGCUUUGGCCUUCGGCCUGGCCCUGGCUACAUUGGUGCAGACGGUGGGUCACAUCAGCGGAGCCCACGUCAAUCCUGCAGUCACUUUUGCCUUCCUUGUGGGCUCCCAGAUGUCCUUGCUCCGCGCCUUCUGCUAUAUGGCGGCCCAGCUUCUGGGAGCCGUGGCUGGAGCAGCUGUGCUGUACAGUGUCACCCCGCCGGCGGUGAGAGGAAACCUGGCACUCAACACGCUGCACGCUGGGGUCAGCGUGGGCCAGGCCACCACUGUGGAGAUCUUCCUGACGCUCCAGUUUGUGCUCUGCAUCUUUGCCACGUAUGACGAGAGGCGGAAUGGCCGCAUGGGCUCUGUGGCCUUGGCUGUUGGCUUCUCCCUCACCCUGGGGCACCUCUUUGGGAUGUAUUAUACAGGUGCUGGGAUGAAUCCUGCCCGCUCGUUUGCGCCAGCCAUCCUCACCCGGAACUUCAGCAACCACUGGGUGUACUGGGUGGGCCCGAUCAUCGGAGGGGGCCUGGGCAGCCUCCUCUAUGACUUUCUCCUCUUCCCCCGGCUCAAGAGUGUUUCUGAGAGACUGUCUAUCCUCAAGGGAGCCAGACCCAGUGACUCCAAUGGACAGCCCGAGGGUACAGGGGAACCUGUAGAACUGAAGACUCAGGCCCUGUGAAAGAUCCAACUGGAGAGAGGAGUGAAAUGCUUCUGGGUUUCAAGGAGGGGCCGAGGCCGCCCUUGGAUGGAGAAAGAGACUGUGGGGAGGGGCAUGUACUUCUUUAUUUUUUAACUUAUGUGUGUUUUUCAUUUUUUUCUUUUGCUGUGUGAAAUCUUUCAAGUUGCAUUCACGAUCUGGUUGGUGCAAACUUCCCUUCCUCCCCACCCCAGCUCCCUUCGCCGUGUGUGCCUGACUGUUCAUAUGAAUGUGGAUGCGUGUGGCUGUGUCUGAGUUUGGGAACACAAAAGCUAGGGAAGGAAGAAGAGGUGUCCACAUGUUAUGUCCCUCCCCCAGCCCAGUUUGGUGAUCACAGAGAAUCCAAGACCUCAAGUCUCUGGCCUUUACCCUGCUUCCAGUCAAGUGUGUGGAUCUUGAUUUUUGAAGGAGCAGGGGAGAGGGGAUCCACUCCUCUCAGGAAGCAGACAGACAGAAAGGGGGAGGCAAGGCAUCCCAGGGAUUGGGAGGAUGGAUUCGGGGAGGUGGGUGGAAGAGGAAUUGGAGAUUUUAUUUCCAGAUCACUAGGCAAAUGUACCUAAAAGCUUUGAGGGAGUUGAUGGGAGAAUAUAGCCUACUUAUCUCAGGGAUACUUGCCCCAGAGACUGGGGUGGAAGGAGCUCUGAGAAAAGUAAACAAGGGGCUUGAGUUGUUCUGUAAAGCCACAUAAACCUGUCUACAUCCACUGGCUGGGUUGCGUGUUCAUUCAGAGGCCUUGGACCAGAGGGACCUUCCAACCGAAAUAGGGGUUGGGUAAGCCUAGAGUCUAGAAAAUGAGGUGGUUUAAAAGGCCCGCCUAACAGCCCUUUGCAAAUGGUACUGAAGCCCCAGAAUUGAUGUGAGACUAAAACAGGAAAUCUGGUGUCUGAAGCAAAUUUACAGUUGAGGGGGGCCAGGCGGGGGAUUUAUUUAGAACAAACUGAAAUUUGCAAAUGGCAUCUUUGUGUUUUUAUCACUAGCUCCGUAGUCUUUCUUUUUCGUAUGUCUUUUCACUUCUCUCCCAGCUACCCUCCCCAUGCCCCAGAUAUCGAUCUCCUCUAGCCAAACGCUUAAUUCCGGAGAUGAUUUUUUGAGCCCUAUCUUGUAUUGUUGGUAAAUGGCAUCGUCGCAGCGGGGGGCGCAGGUGACCCUGAACCGAACAAUGAAUAUUUAUUGCAGA